CUGAAUGCUGAUUCUACAUCGUUCAUCUUUUUGUUCGUAAAACACGGACGAUACAUGUCUGGUACUGGAAUAAUCUACCUUUAAUCGCUCGCGAUGGGUAAGGAUGGACAAAGGCGCAGAUUGGGGAACUGGUGGAUUGCUUUGUGUUUGAUCCUGCAUUGUAAGCAGCGCGUUUCAGCGCAGAUCAGAUAUUCGGUUCCGGAGGAGGUGAAAGAAGGGACACAUGUGGGAAAUAUCGCUAAGGAUCUCGGUCUUGAUGUGAGUUCAUUAGAGCACAGGCGAUUCCGUAUCGUUUCUGGAUCUAAGGACAGCUUUUUCCAGGUAAAUCAGAACAAUGGCGUCCUGUAUGUUUAUAAGAAAAUCGACCGAGAGGAGAUUUGUGAUGGCAAUGCUGCGUGUGUGCUGAAUUUAAAGAUUGCAGUUGAAAAUCCGCUCGAGGUUCACUAUGUUGAGGUUGAGAUAACAGAUGUAAAUGAUCACUCGCCUUCUUUCCAUGAAAAAGACUUGCAUUUAGAAAUUGCAGAAAAUAUUUUAAAAGGCACACGCUUCGACCUCCCAACCGCACGGGACUUGGAUGUCGGUGUUAACUCUAUCCGGACUUAUCGGCUUGGACAAAAUGAGCAUUUUGACAUAGAAAUAAGAGACAGUGAAUACGGGGAUAAGAGUCCAUUUCUGCUCUUACAGAAACCUUUAGAUAGGGAGAAUAAAGAGAAACACAUCCUAACUUUAACUGCAGUUGAUGGAGGAAAUCCUCCAAAAUCAGGCACGUUAAAUAUUACUGUCACAGUCCUCGAUGUAAACGACAACCGGCCAACAUGCAACCGAGACACAUACACUAUUACUUUAAAUGAGAACGCCUCUCCCGGAUUCAGGGUUACGUUUAUUAAUGCAACUGACCCAGAUGAGGGCGUUAACGGAGAAGUUGAAUAUACUUACGGCAGAAAUGCACAGCGUAAAAUACAUGAUAUGUUUGAGUUGGACAAAGUGACCGGUGAAAUAAGAGUCAAAGGCAAAAUAGACUUUGAAGAGAACGAAAUUUUUAACCUGAAUAUAAAAGCAUCUGAUAAGGGACGCCCUCCACUAAAUGCUGACUGCAGAGUUAUCAUUAAAAUCAUAGAUGUAAAUGAUAAUGAGCCUGAGAUUGACGUUACGUCUCUUUCUAAUAUUGUUUCUGAGGAUGCAAAACCAGGAACAGUCAUUUCUCUCAUUAGUAUUACAGACAAAGACUCAGGUAGUAAUGGUAAAGUUAUCUGCAGCUUAUCAAAGAAUGCACCUUUCGAGCUGAAACCUUAUGUGCAGCAGAACAUGUACUCUCUGGUUACUAAAGAGAGUUUAGACCGGGAGUUUGCGUCCCAUUAUGACAUUACAAUAACAGCUACUGAUUUAGGCAACCCAGCUCUUUCUGCGUCAAAAUCUUUAAGUAUAGAAGUGUCUGAUGUGAACGAUAAUACACCCCAGUUUUCCCACAGCCCUCUUGAAAUUUAUCUAUUUGAGAAUAAUCCACCAGGACAAUCCAUAUUCUCUGUGAGCGCCACUGACAAAGACAAAAAUGAAAACGCUGUUAUUGUGUAUCAGAUUAUAAGAGGCGAUCAGACACAAGGCGAUAUGAGUCCAUUCCUUAAUAUUAAUUCUGAAACAGGAGUUAUUAGUGCUCUGAGAAGUUUCGACUUUGAAACAGUAAAAAAGUUUCAAUUCCACAUACUCGCCACAGACUCUGGAAGUCCAUCUCUGAGCAGUAACGUGACAGUGAACGUGUUUAUUCUGGAUCAGAACGACAACGUUCCAGUGAUCUUAUAUCCAGUCAGCGCUAACGGUUCUGCUGAGGGUGUGGAAGAGAUUCCCCGUAAUGUGAACGCAGGUCAUUUGGUGACUAAAGUCAGAGCCUAUGACGCAGAUAUAGGAUACAACGGCUGGUUAUUAUUCUCACUGCAGGAAGUUAGUGAGCACAGUCUCUUUGCUUUGGACCGCUAUACAGGACAGAUAAGGACCCUUCGCUCAUUCACAGAAACAGACGAGGCCCAGCAUAAACUGCUCAUACUGGUCAAAGACAAUGGGAACGUUUCACUCUCAGCAACAGCGACUGUGAUUGUCAAAGUUGUGGAGCCCAAAGAGGCUUUUGCAGCUCCUGAUGGUAAAAACGCAGUAAAAGACGAGGAGGAAAACAACGUCACAUUUUAUUUGAUCAUCACUUUGGGCUCGGUUUCAGUGCUUUUCGUCAUCAGCAUCAUCGUGUUGAUUGUAAUGCAGUGCUCCAAAUCUACAGACUAUUCGUCCAAGUAUUUACAGGACGCAAAUUAUGACGGGACUCUGUGUCACAGCAUCCAGUACAGAUCUGGAGACAAACGCUACAUGUUAGUUGGACCCAGAAUGAGUAUCGGCUCUACUAUAGCACCAGGCAGUAAUAGGAAUACUCUAGUCAUACCAGAUCGCAGGAGGAGGGAUUCUGGAGAGGUAAGAAAUAACUGA